AUGUCAACGGCAGUUGCAUCCGCGACCGCGGCCCCAUUGUCCUCACCACAUACCACCCGCGAUCCUAGCCCGAAGAACUGCCCGACUCUCGCUCCUCUCUCCAACGCUCCGGCGAAUUCCUCCCUACCCCGAAUGUCAACCGCCGGGCAGGAUGCUUCGGCAAAAGGCACUCCCGAGAACAAAGACCCUUCACCUCCGUCGCAAGGGAGCGCCGGCCCGAAGAUCACCGUGAAAAAGGAGCCUGCCUCUUCUCCGCGAAUGCAGAGUCGCCCAAGACCCCAAAAGUUAGACCUGUCCACCAGCCUCCCGUCCUCCGGCGGUCUCCAAGUGCGCCCUCCUGGAGGGCCGAUGACGGCCCGGGACGGAUUGAAAAUGCAGGAUGUAGGACUCGCAUGCCUGUCCCCGGGCUUCCAAACCUAUGAUCCCAUAAUGCGAGAACAGUUACAGCGGAGUUUGUCGGUCCGGGACCAGCAGCGAUCUAUCAUCGAGGCACGACUGCAGAAGUCCGCCAAGGAUGAAGGACCGGACGGCAUCAAACCGUCCGAGUCAGGAUUCGCGGCGGGGCCGAAGAGCGCUACAAAGCGACGUCCUCCUCCUGGACUUUCGAUUGUCCCUCCUUCGGCGUCACAGUUCGCGAACGAGCGUGUGAUUCAAUCUGCGCCGCUGAAUCAGACUUUCACUGGACGAUAUCAAGCCCAGCCUUUGACGCGCCACAUCGUCAAUCAAAGCCCAACCCUCGGUUCGACCUCGCACAUGCACCAUGUUCCAGCCACUCAAACAAACAACCGCCUGCCUCCUCUUUCUGACGUAUUUGGCUCAGAUGCAAUGGGCACCCGUGAGCGGGACCCCAGUCGUCCUAGCUUAUACCCGAAUGCGUCGAGCAGCAAUUCCUCCCAAACUAAUCUUGCUCCUAUUCCCUCCCCGGGUCUGCCUGGUGGUAUGUCAACUCCUAACCGACCGCGGGAGUAUCGAUCCGCCGAAGAGGCCGUGCAGGAAUUGUCUGGUGGCCGAGAGGAAUUACUUCCCCGGAUCGUUCACUAUGGCGGCCACCAGCCACCGACACCGCCAUCACCUCAAACUGGCCACGCUGCCCCUAAGGCAACGCCUCUUUCGAAUGACACUGGGCUCAAUGCGCCCCCAGCUCCCACCGCCCUUGGCUUUGAUACCACAGCCCGUCGUCGCCCACGCAGCGAAUACGAACAAGAUAACGGCAGUCCGCCACUGGGGCAUGGCCCUGAGCCGCAGCAUCGGCUCAACCCUGCUGCCAAUGCAGGCCCUCACUCGACAUACUAUGGCCCCUUUGGUGCGGGUAGAGAUUCGCCUGAGACUCAACGGAGAAAGAAGGAGGAGUUUCUGGGCCUGUGCGCACGGGCCUGGGACCUGUUCCAUUCUUAA